UUUUUGCUGUGUAAAGACGUAAGACUAGUGAGUCUGGGACAGUGAGAUGUCUUGAUAUAAAGGUAGGCGUCGUCGUACUUGGGACUCAUCAUUCAAAUAACCGUCAACCGUCAACCAUCUAUCAACAGCCUCCACGCUAUAUUCUACUACAACUCAAAGCAACCCCACUCAACAACAUAUCAGCCAUCAACAUGCCUCUUACAUCUUCCCGCGCCCACCGCACUACGGCUGCUCCCCGCACCACACGGACUACCCGCUCUACUGCACACCCAAGUCUCAAGAGCAAGCUCCUAGGCGGCGGCACCAACCGACGCACAGCUACCAAGCGUAACCCUGUCACUGGCACAACGACCACUACUACCACAACAACUAAGACCACACGAACCACCGGUGGUCGUCACACCGCUAGCCAUCACACCACCGCUGGCCCCGCCCACCACCACAAGCGUCAUGCCACCAUGGGCGACAAAGUCUCUGGGGCCCUCACCAAGCUCAAGGGCACCCUUACAGGCCGACCUGGUGUCAAGGCUGCUGGCACUCGCCGUAUGCAUGGCACCGAUGGUCGUAACGCCCGUCGUGUUUACUAAGUUCCCAUGAAGCGACGUUGAUGAUACCCAUUGUGCGUUUCCAUUGUUGUACUAUUAUAUCAUUAUGUUGACAGGAGGACUGUAUGAUAGCGAUUUUGAGCGACGAUACCAGGUUCUUGGGCUUUAAAUACUAAGAAUCAAGAUUUCAUAUAUACAGUGAUCUUCCACA